GCUGCGGUCGAGGCGUGUCUAUCCUAUGGCCUCAAACGCCGAGCACUCGGCCUUUUUAAGACCAACUCCACGACAGCGUUACUGCAAAAAGUGGCCAAAUUUUCUGAACCGGCGACUGUUGUCCUUAAGAUGGUUACCGAUUUAGAAAGCGGUGAUCCAAACAAGCGCUCGUCAUCGAGUAGUGACAGCAUUAAUAAGAACCGAUUGUCCAAAACUAAGCAGAGCUCUACCAAACCUGUGGUCCGGUAUCUGUGGAUCAGAAUAGCGUUGUUUGAGAAGCAUUUGGUGUCGAUUGUCGACCAUUUGGUUGAAAAUAGCAACAAAUACUAUGAAAAGGACUCUUUGGUGUCCGACCCGGUGUCCGGACAGAUAUUGGCCUCACUAUUGGUCGGUCCGUGUGCUCUGGAUUAUAGCAAAAUGAAAACUCAAGACCACUUCUGGACGGAUCCACCGGCGGAUGAACUCGUUCAGAGACACCGACUGUCCGGCUCUUUACAAAACGGUCCGUCAACUCCGCCGACGGGUCGCAAACCAUUGGGUCUAUACUAUCGAAGAGGUGUCGACGGAUCCAAAUCGUCGACCAGUGCUGACGAGAAGAGUCCUCCGGUGUGUCGGACGUCACUCUCGUGGUCGCCGAGAGAUUAUGUCGAGUCUUUGCAUCAAAACUCUCGCUCCACUCUAUUGUACGGCAAGAAUAAUGUUAUGAUUCAACCGAGAGAGAAUAUGGAGGCAAUACCCGGAUAUUUGUCACUGCAUUCAACACAUAUCGGUUUAAUCAUCAAAUGGACACCAAAUCAGCUCAUGAAUGGUUGCACUCCAAGUAUGGGUGAUAUACCUGCCGUCGAUUCCCCUAAUAGUCAGGACAAAAGCACAUUCUGGGACUACGCCCUAAGUCUUAAUGUGGAUGAAAUAGUAUACCUCCACUGCCAUCAACAGGAGGGCAGUGGGAGUAUAGUACUGGUGGGUCAGGACGGGGUCAUGCAAUCGCCCAUCAAAUUCCCGAGAGGGGGACAUCUCUUAUCAUUCCUGUCGUGUCUGGAGAACGGACUCAUGCCGUACGGCCAACUCGACCCUCCCCUCUGGUCACAAAAAGGUAAAGGGAAAGUAUUCCCGAAGUUGAGACGCAAAGGCCGCGGAUCUACUCGUAAUCGAAAGCCAAAAGAAGUCGUUGAAGAAGUGGAGGAAGAAGAGGAGCCGUCUGACUAUGUGUUUAGGAUAAUCGCCACCUUUGAAAAGCCAGAAACCAUUCCGCAAGAAUUAUUUGAUCCAAUCGCCACAAAAAGCGGAUUUUAUCUGAAGAGACCAUUCAAUGGAAUGAAAAAAUCACCGAAUUCUUCCUCCACUAAACACAGCAAAUCGAAAGACAAUGAAAACAGUACUAAACAGUCGACCGAAUCGCUGGACACUAUCGAUAACGCGGACGCAAAAGACGGCGACAAUGAGUGCGAAAACAAGUCAAACAUAAGGACAUUAUGCGAUACAAUGAAGAGACAGAUAAUUUCGCGUGCAUUCUAUGGUUGGUUAGCCUAUUGUCGACACCUGCGCACAGUUCGCACACAUUUGGCCGAUUUGGUCAACUUGAAGAUGAUCGCAAUGGAUGAGCCGACUGAUGCCACUCACGGUAUUACCACAGAGUUGUGGCAAUCGUUCAAAUCUCCCGACGGACGGAUCGCCGACUCCGACGAGAUCUAUAGACUUAUAUAUUUCGGUGGUAUUCAACACAGUCUCAGGAAAACCGUUUGGCCCUAUCUUUUGGGUCACUAUAGCUUCGAGAUGUCUGACGACGAGAGGGCACAGCGAGACACAGAAACGCAACACAUGUACGAAAUGGUUAUGUCCGAGUGGUUGGCUGUCGAGGCCAUUGUCCGGCAACGAGACAAAGAGAUAAUGGCCGCCAAUUUGGCCAAACUAUCUUCGGAGAGCAAUUCGGCUGAGAUUCCUCUAACGGGUCCUAAAGACCACAAUCUGAGUAACGAUGUGUUUGAAGACAUCUCCGAAGGCGAUGAGUCCAAUCCGUCGAGUCGUAAGUCAUCGACACAAACGGAUGUCACCAAAGAUGGGGUCAAAGAGUCCGACCGACCGACGAGUGGCGCUGCGGCCAGACGUCAACUACAGCGACACCGACCGGUCGACAGUCAGAGCAGUUCGCAGAAUAUAAUUGUCACCAAUUCAUCGAUUGAUAUCACAAACACAUCCAAAGUUGAGCAACAAAACAGUGAACAACCCGGUGAUGACAACCCGUCGGACGCCGACUGUACGGCACAUCUUCCCAUCGCCGGCAACGGGGAGUCUAACUCCCAGUGCGUGUCUCCCGUCUCAUCCAAUGGUGGCGUUUAUACCAACGAAUUAUUAGAUUUAUUUUCGCUAAACAUUCACCGAAUCGAUAAAGACGUCCAGAGAUGUGACCGAAACUUCUGGUACUUUACGAACGCCAAUCUGGAGAAACUUCGUAACGUUAUGUGC